GUCAAAUGAAAUUGUAAAAAAUCAAAGUCAUUAACACAAGCCGGUAGCCUGCGAGACACAGGUUUCCCUAUCAAUAUGAUUGGGCAAAAGCUGUCUUCGAGAAGCUGCUUCGUCGCUGUUUUAAUUCUCGUGUUGACAGGAUAUUCCUACGCGGCCUGUCCGAGCGGUUGGUCGGGGUACGGCAGUAACUGCUACAAAUUGUUCACCAGCUCCAAGGAGUGGUCCCUGGCCGCCAGGGACUGUCAGAGGUACGGCGCCAACCUGGUCAGCAUCGACUCCUCGGGGGAACAGUACUUCAUUGAGAAUCUGAUUGGUGGAAACACGGCUUGGACCAGUGGAUCGGACCGGAACUACGAAGGAGCAUGGGCGUGGUACAGUGGUUUCUCGAAGUGGUCCUACACCAAGUGGUACAGAGGCGAGCCCAAUAACGCUGGGGGCGAACACUGUCUGCACGUCUACACCAGCCGGAGGGGAUGGAAUGACCUGCCCUGUAACAGGGGUAUAGCCUAUGUCUGCGAGAUCCACCGCGGAACCAGCAGCUGCGGAAGUGGGUGGAGUCAGAGGAGUGGUAAAUGUUACCGGAUGUUCGGACGGACCAACUGGAUAUCGGCCCUCAGGACGUGUCAGAGUUAUGGCGCCAACCUGGUCAGUAUCGAGGACAGCUCCGAGCAGUACUACGUCGAAGGUCUUAUCGGCGGUAACUCCGUGUGGACCAGUGGUAUUGACGGGAACAAGGAAGGAUACUGGUUCUUCUCCAGUGGGACCCGCUCAUGGUCCUACACCAAAUGGAACCGCGGUGAGCCGAAUAACUCUGGGGGCGAACACUGUAUACACAUCCUGACCAGUAGAAAAGGAUGGAACGAUCUUCCAUGUACUCACACCAGCAUUUAUACCAUGUGUGAAAAACCAGCACCCAUGGUUAACGGUAACUGGGGGUCCUGGGGGUCGUUUGGGUCCUGCACGAAAUCCUGUGGGUCAGGAACCUACACUCGCUACAGAAAGUGUAACAACCCGGCUCCAGCCAAUGGCGGCUCGUCUUGCUCCGGGUCCUCGUCAAACACCCAAAGCUGCAACACACACAGAUGUCCAAUCCAUGGAAACUGGGGUUCGUGGGGAAGCUAUGGUUCUUGCUCAAAGACUUGUGCCAGUGGAAGCAAGGUCAGACGACGUAGCUGUAACAACCCCGCCCCUGCCUAUGGAGGAAACGCCUGCGCUGGAUCGUCCUCUAGUUCUACGUCUUGUAACACACACAACUGUCCAAUCCAUGGAAACUGGGGAGCCUGGGGCAGCUAUGGUUCUUGUUCCAAAACAUGCGCGAGUGGAACCAAGGUCAGACGACGUAGCUGUAACAACCCCGCCCCUGCCUAUGGAGGAAACGCCUGUGCUGGGUCCUCCUCAAGUUCUACGUCUUGUAACACACACAACUGUCCAAUACACGGAAACUGGGGAGCUUGGGGCAGCUAUGGUUCUUGUUCCAAAACAUGCGCUAGUGGAACCAAGGUCAGAGGACGUAGCUGUAACAACCCCGCCCCAGCGUAUGGUGGAAACGCAUGCGCUGGAUCGUCCUCUAGUUCAACAUCCUGUAACACACACAACUGUCCAAUUCACGGUAACUGGGCAUCUUGGGCCAGCUGGGGUUCAUGCACCGUGACCUGUGGAGGCGGGACCAAGGACAGGUCCAGGACGUGCACUAACCCCGCCCCUCAGUACCUGGGUAACGACUGUGUCGGGUCAGGAGCCGACAGGACUGAUUGCAACACCCAUCACUGUCCAAUUGACGGCAAUUGGGCAGCGUGGACCACGUGGACAUCAUGCACGGUGACGUGCGGGGGAGGGACCAAGGACAGGGCGAGGACCUGUACUAACCCCGCCCCUCAGUACCUAGGAAAAGCGUGCGUGGGCGUGCCCGAUGACAGAACCACGUGUAACACCCACCACUGUCCAAUUGAUGGCUCGUGGGCGACCUGGAGUAACUGGGGCACGUGCACAGAAACAUGUGGAGGUGGUAUACAAUCACGAAGCCGCACGUGCACCAACCCUGCACCACAAUAUGGCGGCGCCAACUGUCCCAGCUUCUCCUCAUCAACACAGGCCUGUAACACACACAACUGUCCGAUUGAUGGAGCGUGGACAAAUUGGGGUAACUGGGACACGUGCACGGUCACGUGCGGCGGCGGAACACAAGGACGAACGCGAUCCUGCACUAACCCCGCCCCUCAAUAUGGCGGCGCCAGCUGUUCCGGAAGUACAGACUCUUCUCAAGCUUGCAAUACUAAUCCUUGCCCAAUUGAUGGCUUAUGGGCGACCUGGGGUUCUUGGAAAACGUGUUCCGUGACGUGUGGCGGAGGAAUACAACAUCGUGACAGGACCUGCACUAACCCCGCCCCUGCCCACGGCGGGGCAGCGUGUGUGGGUAGCAGUAACAGCUCUCAGGACUGUAACACCCAAGUCUGCAUCAUUGACGGCGCGUGGACCGAUUGGUCUCAGUGGGGAAGCUGUUCUAAGACUUGCGGCGGUGGUCGACGGUCCCGGGCACGGACAUGCGACAAUCCAAAACCGGCCAACGGUGGAAAGGAAUGCGUCGGAGAUUCGGGCGACUUCGGGGACUGUAACAUUGACGACUGCCCCACAGUACCGGCGGGAACCUAUCAACAGCUUUGUCCAUCCGGGUACUUCACCUGUGAGUCGGGUUCGAUGACGUGUAUCCAGUCGUCCUUCCAAUGUGACUGCUCAGCGGACUGUGACGACGGAAGUGACGAAACAGAGGGGUAUGCAGGCUGUACUAACGCCCUGGCGUGUCUACAGGGCGCGGCAGGAUAUUCCUACGCGGCCUGUCCGAGCGGGUGGUCGGGGUACGGCAGUAAUUGCUACAAGUUGUUCACCAGCUCCAAGGAGUGGUCCUUGGCCGCCAGGGACUGUCAGAGGUACGGCGCCAACCUGGUCAGCAUCGACUCAUCGGGGGAACAGUACUUCAUUGAGAAUCUGAUUGGUGGAAACACGGCGUGGACCAGUGGAUCGGACCGGAACUACGAAGGAGCAUGGGCGUGGUACAGUGGUUUCUCGAGGUGGUCCUACACCAAGUGGCGCAGCGGCGAGCCCAAUAAUUCUGGGGGCGAACACUGUCUGCACGUCUACACCAGCCGGAACGGAUGGAAUGACCUCCCCUGUAACCGGGCUAUAGCUUACGUCUGCGAGAUCCACUACGGAACCAGCAGCUGCGAUAGUGGGUGGAGUCAGAGGAGUGGUAAAUGUUACCGGAUGUUUGGACGGACCAACUGGAUAUCGGCCCUCAGGACUUGUCAGAGUUAUGGCGCCAACCUGGUCAGUAUCGAGGACAGCUCCGAGCAGUACUACGUCGAAGGUCUUAUCGGCGGUAACUCCGUGUGGACCAGUGGUAUUGACGGGAACAAGGAAGGAUACUGGUUCUUCUCCAGUGGGACCCGCUCAUGGUCCUACACCAAAUGGAACCGCGGGGAGCCAAAUAACUCAGGGGGCGAACACUGUAUUCACAUCCUAACCAAUAGAAUCGGAUGGAACGAUCUUCCUUGUACUCACACCAGUAUCUACACCAUGUGUGAAAAACCAGCACCAAUUGUUCAUGGUAACUGGGGCGGCUGGGGUUCAUAUGGAAGUUGUACUAGGUCAUGCGGAAGUGGAACACAAUCCCGAUCCCGAUCUUGUAACAACCCGGCUCCGGCUAAUGGCGGGAAUUCCUGUUCCGGUUCAUCCUCCUCGUCACGGUCUUGUAACACACAUAACUGUCCAAUACAUGGUAACUGGGGAGGCUGGGGAUCGUACGGAAGUUGUACGAAAUCCUGCGGAAGUGGAACCCAAACUCGAUCCCGAUCAUGUAACAACCCAGCUCCGGCGUAUGGCGGAAAUUCCUGUUCCGGUUCAUCCUCCUCGUCACGGUCUUGUAACACACAUAACUGUCCAAUUCACGGCAACUGGGCGUCAUGGGCGUCAUGGGGCGCUUGCACUGUGACGUGUGGCGGAGGAACUCAAGACAGAAGUCGCACUUGCACUAAUCCGGCGCCGUUAUACGGUGGAAACAAUUGCGCCGGAUCCGGAUCUGCUCGUCAGGCGUGCAACACGCACAACUGUCCAAUUGACGGAUUUUGGGCAUCGUGGGGAUCAUGGGGAACCUGCACGGUGACCUGCGGCGGAGGGAUUCAGACCAAAACCCGCUCCUGUACAAAUCCAGCCCCACAAUAUGGCGGCAGUGACUGCACUGGGUUUUCAACGGCAACACAGACCUGUAACACACACAACUGUCCAAUUGACGGAUCUUGGGCUACUUGGGGAAGUUAUGGCGCAUGCACGGUGACAUGUGGCGGGGGAACACAAGAGAGACAGCGCACGUGCACUAACCCCGCUCCCCAAUACGGCGGGGCUAGCUGUCCCGGAAGUACCGUCUCUUCACAGAGCUGUAACACGCAACACUGUCCAAUUGACGGAGUCUGGGCGACCUGGGGUGCCUAUGGUACCUGCUCUGUAACCUGUGGGGGCGGAACCCAGUCCAGAACGCGCACCUGCACAAAUCCCGCCCCUCAAUAUGGAGGCGCCUCCUGUCCCGGGACGGAUACGACGUCACAAGAUUGCAACACACAAAUCUGCAUCAUUGAUGGAGCUUGGGGUGCGUGGGGAAACUGGGGAGAUUGUACAAAGUCGUGCGCAAGUGGAAGGAAGUCAAGGUCAAGAAUUUGCGACAACCCAAAACCGGCAAAUGGUGGACUGGACUGCCCCGGCAGUUCCGGGGACUUUGAAUAUUGCAAUACACACGACUGUCCGACGGUACCCGCAGGGACAUAUCAACAGCUUUGUCCCAGUGGCUACUUUACGUGCGAGUCGGGGUCCAUGACAUGUAUCUACAACGCUUUUAAGUGCGACUGUUCCAAAGACUGCGAUGACGGAAGUGACGAAACAGCCGGAUAUGCCGGAUGCACAAACGUUGAGCAAUGCUUACUGGAGAAUGGAGCAGGAUACACUUCAGUUUCCCUUGCAACUUUGUUCUUCACAAUGCUGACCUGUUUCCUCGCCAGACUGAUCAGUUCUUAAGCCCACUGUGUUACAUAUACCAAAGAAAUCAUCCAUUGUUGGAAUUGGAAAUCAUAUUAAAGUUUAAACUGUUGGAAUUUUCUAUGUUAAUGCGUAUAUUGGUUUCAUUUCAUAUUCUUAUAAACAUCAAAUAUUGAAAUCUUUAGUUUUCCAUUGUGUGCUUUGCAAUAAAACUAGAUUAAGAA